AAUGCUCCUUGACGUUCUAAGAUGAAGUUAUGGAAAGGUGUUACUUUUGCCUUCGUGCUCUGUGGCGCAGCCCUGUCCAUCGUCUUCGUUAGAAACAUGGCCACUAUCGGACAAUUCAGACCUAAAUCGAAAUACCCGUACUCGUCUCCAUCCUCAUCAAAACUGUCCUCAUUCUCACAAUCAACUUUCAAGACCUCACCGCAAUCACCCUCCUCCUCAUCAGCAGAAUCGGCAGUGAAGUCCCGGCAGAUGAGUGGGCCUAAACGGAGACCCCGCUCCGCAGACGAGAUGAACUCGGUCCUCUCAGAGUUUUCUGCGAUGUUCCAGAGCUUUACGGAGGGCGAACUUCGGCAUGUGGUCGGCGCCUUGCUGGACAGGAAGAGGAGGAAGAGCCGGCUCCUGGGAGAGAACCAGGCCCGAAGGACUAAAAGAGCGCGGAGGCCCAAGCCCUGCUCUUUGAGGGAGCUGGAGCUGACCGUAAGUGAACUGGGUCUCGGCUAUGACAGCGACGAGACGUUGCUGCUGCGCUACUGCAGCGGGAAAUGCCUGGAACACCGGCAGAACUACGACCUUACCAUGGAUCACAUGGUGCGGACAGGCUUCAAAAAGAAGGGCCGCAAGGACAAGGUCAGCAACGGGCCCUGCUGCCGGCCCAUCGCUUAUGAAAAACAGUUUUCCUUCCAGGACAACAAGCACCUCCACCACACAGUACGAAAUAUGUCGGCGAAGAACUGUGGGUGUGUAUGACCCCGAGAAAUGGACCUCUUCAUGCUGCUCUCAGACACUGUUGGGAGAGUUGAACAUGAAUGCUGUUUAAAGACAAACUAUGGAAUAAAAUCUCAAGGAAAAGAGGAAAGGAAGGGAAUGUGUUCAUGGCUGUUCCAUGGCGGCCUUUUUCUAACAGGGAGACUUUUGACGUCUGUCAAAACUAAUUGGAUCCAAAUCACGUGGACAGCAAGUGCUGUGAUUUUGUGGAUUCCAUGCAAAGAGACAGAAAAUGACUGUUCAUACCAAAAAACGCUUUUAUUAUAUUUUCUAUCUGUCUAGUAACACUGUAAACUGUGGUACAACAGCGAUGUAGCAAUGUUGUAUGUUUGUGAUCUUGCAUUUUACUAGUUGGCUAGCACAUGCAAUAGAUGAACUGUGGGUCAUGGAGGACUAGAUUGCUGCGGCUCCUACACGCCAUAUUAAUGGGCAUUCAGUUUAGUAAGACCAAAUGCAGACACUAAACCACCUUUAAGGCAAAAAAAAAGCUCAAUAAUUUACUUCAAAUCCAUAAAUAUAAGUUUGGACCAUUGACCUCAAGUGUUGUUUAGUGAUCAGCUGUCUACAGGAAGCAUAUCUACCUAAAGGAGUGUUGACUUGUUAUCAGCGAUCAUGACUUUGUGCCCUGUUUCCCUGCUUGCAAGCAAUCCUCUUACUGAUUGCAGUGUUAUUAUACAAGGAAAAGAAUAAGCGUUAUU